AGCUGUUUGACAACUAUAUGCAGCAGGACGCACACGAAUUCCUGAACUAUCUGUUGAACACAAUUGCGGACUUGCUGCAAGAAGAAAAGAAGCAGGAAAAACAGAAUGGAAAACUCCAGAAUGGAAGCAUUGAGAGUGAUGAAGGGGAGAAGACCGAGCUUACGUGGGUCCAUGAAAUCUUCCAGGGAACACUAACAAACGAAACUCGCUGUUUAAACUGUGAAGCUGUGAGCAGCAAAGAUGAAGAUUUUCUGGACCUGUCGGUUGACGUGGAACAAAAUACAUCAAUCACACAUUGCCUGAG